AUGGUGACGCCAAGGCCGCUCCAGCCGGCAGUGCUGCGGAAGCGAAUCCUUUGGCUUCCCGAUUCCGAUGACGACGUGGAGAUCCUCUGCGUCAAGGGGCCGCGAAUCGAGAUAGACCUGGUGACGCCUCCACGCAGUGCUGCUGUGCAUGCCGCGCCUCCACCGGCUGUGCCGGAAGUCGGGGCAGAUGCUGUCAGCCUGAGCCCAAAGGUGAAGGCAGAGAAGCCGGAAGAGGUGGAGCUUCGCGGGGUGAAGCGGGAAGUUGACAGCCCGCCGUGCACGCCACCCCGCAAAGUGCCAGCGAGCUUGGCCAUGUUCCCCUUCAGGACGCCGCCACGCCUGCGACGCGGCUUUCAGCUCCGUGGCUACCUCCAGGCCCGCACAUGCGAUCUCCAGAUGCGUGAGCGCUUGCGGUCGCUGCUGUGUCGUGGCUGGCCGAGUCCCAGCCCCAGCGAGGCCGCAACGCGCGAGUCCAUCUCCGAGCUUCUGGGCCUUUGCCCAUCCACUGGCAAGCCUGGCAAGCCCGGCGCUGUGAAGGCAGCCACCUACCUGGCCUGGGCACUAGCAGCCGACGGCCGAGGAGCGCGGGGGGCGCUCGUCGGAGCGGCGGUCCUGAGUGUCUACAGGUAUCGUGGCCGUAGGCGCUGUGGAUGCUUAGAGUUCAUCACCUCCAGGCGGAGCGGCGCUGGGGCUGCGUUGCUUCGGUUGGCCACCCGCUUCCUGCAGGCUCACCAGAUCACCCGACUCUACUCAGGUGUGGACCUCUCAAGGCCCAAUGCCUUCGCCACUCGGCAAGUUUAA